UUUGCGACCUCGUGUCCGAGAAAAGUGAUUGUUGACGUCGUCCCGCAGUCGCACGUAGUAUAUUGCGUCGUUUUCAACGUAGAGCGCAUACUAUUCGGAGCUGUGGUAUGGUAAUUAAUGUCACAAUGAACAUUCGAGUUACCGUCGCGAUUCCGCCGCGCGGUUGACAUGUCGAGGUCGACGACACAUGCCCACCGAAUGUUGCGUACCAUCGAGUGAGCGGGCAAUAACCCAGAAGAUAUGCGGCCGACAAUUCGCAACGGCUUUCUCGCCGCUGUUAUUCUAUGGUCCUUAAUUGGACUCUCGGUUUCACAUUGUUAUUCAGAAUACUGUCAGAAAUCGGAUAACUUAACACAGGAUGUCAAAUGUAUCCUAACGUCAGUACAAAGAGGAGAAGAUUGCGCGAAGCUAGUAUUUGAUAUUGGAAAGUCGUUGAAACGGGAUGGUAUCGCAAUUUUUACGUUGCACGCGUAUGUGAAUAAAAAUUUGAAAAAAAUUGAUGAUUCCCAGAAGGCGACUGCGUUCAACUUGUCGAUUUCGGAUAUCAAUUUUCAUAGGUUGAUUAUGCGUUAUCAAAACAUCAUAGAGAGUUCAGAAAACGCAUGCAGGCACAUAGAAUUAUACGGGAACGACAGUCACCCAGCGCCUAAGCACUUAUACGUGUCAUGUCCGUUCUCUGAUGCUGCAUACGAAGGAUCACCGUAUCGUUUGGAGUAUAUCGCGACCGGGGAAGAUUUUGUGUACAACAGAAAAUACGUAUUCUAUGUGCCGUAUCAUGAAUUUAUUGAGAAUAGUGUCCAGAUCGAGGAGUUUACGCCCUUCAUAUACAUUGACAUUUCUGAUCGAUCAAACGCGGCGUUGUAUAUACAACCGCUCCCGUUGACGUACAACGUGACGGAAUACAAGGUGUGGCUGAUUAGUAACGAUACGAAGUCGACGGUCACCACGAUCGUCCCCGCCAACAAAGACCACGUACAUGUACGGCUCAACCUCGUGGCACCAGACGGCGUCUAUUAUGUCAAAGUCGCGGCCUUGCAUCCCGAAUGCGGCGAGCACGGAUGUGCAAACAGCACAUCGCCUUAUGUAUACAUAAAACACGCGUCUCAUCAACUGUUAAUUAUGAUAAUCAGCUUAGUAUGGAUACCACCGGUAUUGUUAUACGCAUCUUAUCACGCAUAUAAGCUGUAUAGAAAGAAAGUUUUGAAAAGAGUAGCGAUGAAGCCGAACUGCUUGCUAGUGUAUUCACCGACGCAUCCGUCGCACGUGAAUGUAAUGGUGGAGUUAACAAAAUAUUUACGAUAUUGUAAUAUUAAUGCAAUGAUUGACGUGUUUGAUAUUGCAGAAACUGCCAGCAAAGAUCCAGGACUCUGGUGUAAUACCGCUUUUGAGACAGCGGAUGUUAUACUGGUCGUGACAUCCCCGCCGACAUCCGCAAAAUUCGAUGCGACAAUCAUUUAUCGAAACGUAGACAACCACCUGUUGCGGUUACUGAAGGAGAACUAUCCUCGGAGAAAUAAGAGGUAUUAUGCGAUACAUCUACCGUAUUGCAAGUCGGAUCACAUACCAGAGGAGGCACGACUUUUCAAGAAGUUCCGUAUACCCGAGGAUCUAGCUAGACUCGUGAAAACGAUCCACGAUAUCGCUUGUCUGCGAUUCCUUACACCAUCUGAUCGAGAGCUGCUUGAGAGCAUCAAAUUUGCCACAGCAAAAAUAUCCGAAGAUGAGACCUCGAGCGUGAUAAAGAAUACCGAGGAGACCGACAAUUUGUUAAUACCAAUCAUUGUACAAGAGACUGCUAAUUGCAACACCGAACAAUCCAACGAGAUUCCUAGGCCUGAUACGCCAGACAGCGAUGUCAUACCUCAGUCUUUCACAACACGUAUCGACGAGCUCAAUUUACUCGGUGAGACUGAAGAUGAGAAGUCUUUCGACAUUAAUUCCACAAGAGACGAUUGCGAGUUUCGUAUAGAUAAAUUAAAUUUGUGAUUUUUUAUAUAAGUAUGCAUAUGAAUAGUUUUUAGUAGAGUAUUUUCUUAUCAUUUUUUUUUAUUAAUUUUGUAUGCGACUAGAC